UUUAAAGUGCAGUGCCAACUCAAUCCCAGAAUUAUUUACGUUUUUUCAGUUAAACCUCCAGGUCUUCAGAAUAGUGCCCAGUGCUCCAAAACAAAAGUGGCAACUUUUACAACUUCUUCUUCCACAAGUAGUAUCUUCAUGCCAGAUGAAGAUACUAAGUCUUGUUGAUCUCUUGUUCGAUGUCCACCCUUUUGUCACAAGGGCAUGCAAUAUCAGUGAUGAGGCAAUUUUUGUUCUGUUGGUCCACACACACGAUGUCAAGGCGAUUGUGAUCCAGUUUCAUUUCUGUUUAUAUACAGAAAUCCGAAAGAAAUUUGAAAGUCUUAUUAUCCUUAACAUCACAUUAUUAUUAUCAUUAAUAUUGUUGUGGUUGAUGAUGUUAUUAUAAGCAUGGAAGUAAAGAGGUUCAUACACAUGUACAAAAAUAAACUACCUUAACCACUAUUUUGGCACUAAUUUGUGGUUAUUGCUCACUUUUUUCAAUGACUGUGCUUUGCAGAUUUUAGUAAAACAAAUGAAGAUGCAAACAGAUGGUUAAGGAGACCCUGCAGCAGCUAGAUGCCAGCUCCUUGAUUAAUUCUUCCAAACCCCAGAGUUUAAGGAGAUCCACCUACAAGCGAAUCACCCUUUAGUUAACAUGCAUGGCCAUUGUCGUUGAUUAGCAGUGGAGCUAGUUGUCACACCAGUACAUCCUCCUCCGCUGCAGCCUCCCUCCCCACAUUCUCUUUUACUGUAAGGAGUGGCAGUGAUGAUGGACAUAGGAUGGAGAAUGGAUGGAUUACUCUCUAG